GGAGCAGAGGCGAUGAAGAGGCUGCAUGAAGCAAAGGUCUUGGUGGUGGGAGCUGGUGGGAUCGGUUGUGAGCUCCUCAAAGUCCUCGUGCUGUCAGGCUUCAAGAAGAUCGAGGUGGUGGACUUGGAUACUAUCGACGUGAGCAACCUGAACAGGCAGUUCUUGUUCAGGAAGGAGCACGUGAAGAAAAGCAAGGCGAACGUCGCUGCUGAGGUCGUGAAGAGGUUCAAUCCCGACGUGGACAUCAUCGCUCACCAUGGGAACAUCAAGGAGAAGCGGUUCGGACCGAGUUACAUGGACGGAUUCGACAUCAUCUUCAAUGCUCUGGACAACUUGGAGGCCCGCAGGCACGUGAGCAGGAUCUGUGUCCACCAGGAAAAGAUCUUGAUCGACGGAGGAACGCAAGGGUACGAUGGACAAGUGGUAACCAUCAAGAAGGGUGUUAGCGCAUGCUACGACUGCGAGCCGAAGCCCGCUCCCAAGGGGUUUCCGGUCUGCACCAUCCGGUCCACACCGGACAAGCCGGUUCACUGCAUCGUGUGGGGGAAGCACCUCUUCAACAUGCUGUUCGGACCGAAGGAUGACACCGAUGAGGUCGUGCAGGGCAUCAGCGCCGAGCUGGACUCGCAUCAGGUACUGGAGAAAGUCUUCGUAGAGGAGAUCAACAAGCUGAUCGGGAUGGCGGAGCUGUGGGAGAGCAGGAAGCCUCCAACUCCUCUCACACUCGUUGCGACGCAGGAGCAGGCGAACAGGGGGUCUGAGGUUGCCGAGACCACGGUGCUGUCAUUGGAGGAAACAAUCGCGCUGUUCAAGGAGAGCUAUGUGGAAUUGCAAGCGAGGGCGAAGGAGGAGGGUGUGAUGGAAUGGGACAAAGAUGAUGAUGUCAUCAUGAACUUCGUCUUGGCUGCCAGCAACCUCAGGGCUCAUGUCUUCGCGAUCGACAUGCAGACCAGGUUCCGGUGCAAGGAGAUUGCUGGGAACAUCAUCCCCGCCAUUGCCACAACCAACGCGAUCAUCUCUGGAGCCAUGGUGCUGGAGGCCGUUAAGGUGCUAGAGGGAAGACUUGGGGAUUGUAGGGCGAUCAUGAAGAACAGAGAGCCGAGCGGGAGGAAGAGGUACAUUUUGAUCCCCUCGAACCUCGACUUGCCGAACCGUGCGUGUACGGUUUGCAGCGGAGGCACGGUGUCGCUGAAGCUGAACGUGGAGAAGACGACCUUCAACUUCUUCUUGACGAGGAUCUUGAAGCAAGAGUUGGGACUGAACGAGCCUCUCGUCGACACAGGA